AUCUCGAUGUCGAAGGGGGGCGCACGUGCAACGAAGACGAUGCUUCUAUUGAUGGGGCAAACAAUUUUGGAGGUUUAGUUGUGGGCUGUCUGCACCGAAAAUGCAACGAUUGAUGGCGUUGUCUUGGCCAUGGAUCAGUAACAAAAUGAUCGACGCGUUGACGACACGACAACGCCAACGAUGCGCUGUAAUCGUAAUCCUAAUGCUAAUGGCACUAGGAUCUAUUGCAGCAGCGAGAGCAGCAACGAAGGAAGCCAACUGGCCUGAGCCACUGCAGCAAUAUGGCUGGGAUACCAAGGAGCUGAAGAACAAGGUGCAGCAUGGCGAUGUCACCACUUUCGAGCUGGGCACACCCAACUAUCAGAUCCUCAAUCCCGAAGAUGAGCCGGAGUUCAUCACCGAGGAUCAGCCGCAUUAUCGCGAGAUGCUGCGUCGCUUGACCAGCUCUUCGAAUGGCACCGAUACCAUCGACAUGGCCAUGCCGGGUGUCGUCUCCAGUGUCAGUGCCAGUGCCGCAGCUGGCGAGGAUUUACCUCGUCGUCCCAAGUGGGAGAAGUUGAGGAAACGCAGCAGCAAUCCCGAUGCACCCAAGCACAUUGAACAACAGCAGCAGCCAGAACUCGAGAUGGAAGCUGCGCCACUCGACAAGCGAAGCAUUCAACCCAAGGUUCAGAUCUACGCUGGCGCCAGACCGUUUCAGACUCGUAUUGCCAAUCUAAGCUAAGAGUCAACUUAAUAUUAAUAUUUAUUGUUUAUACUAAGUUUAUUCUUGGUAAAUCUUGAACCUCGAAUCAAUUAAACUUCAGCUUCAAGUCUUUUAGAAUUUCACAAUUGGAAACAGAUUAACAUAAAUAAUCAAGAAGAAGAUAAAAGAUCAAGAAAUUCGCAGCAAAAUUAUUGAAACUUUAAUUGUCGCAAGCAAUUUCAGCUUUUCAAAGUUUUACCUAUACAAAUCUCAUUCAUUUACCUAUACAAAUCAAAUUCUAAUCUUUUUGGUAAUUUUUUACUGUUUUUAUUUAUGUUAAAAACAUAUAAAAUAUUAAAA